AUGACGGCAUUGGAGGAUUUGGAUUCAAGAGUCAGAGAACAGGUAAUUUAUGGUGUUGAUGUGUUUGCUGCUGCCCGAAAAGCUAAAAAGGAAGAUAUUUCAGAUGAAAGCCUUAUAAAUGCAGCUUCCGUUCAGGAUGAAGUGAGGAAAUUUUCCAGAAGAUUGAGUUAUUCUGGACAGGCACUUGGAGUUUUGAAUGGGUUCAAUAAUAAGAAGGGGUUGGAACGUUUUGUAUCCUCAAUGCGUGCGCCGGUUAAAGGAAUGGAAUAUUAUGCUUUACUUCGUUUGAUUUUGCUUAGACUCGAAGAGCAUGAUUUAGCGCCAUUAUUUGAAAAGUGGGUUUUUAUCAAUGAGUUCCCAGCCAUGUCCAACAUUAUGGCAUGGGAUUGCAUUGAGAUGAUUAUGCGUGAUCUUUGCAAAAGCCGCCUCAAAUCAAAGACUUUAGAGGAAUUCAAAGGAAAAAUCGAAAGUGUAAUAUCGUCAGAUCCACAGAAAGAGCAUCCAUUUUUCAGACAGACAUUGAGAUACAUAUUUGCAUUCAGAACUUUUGAGAGUAAUAAAGAGGUGCUUCGGCGUCUAGGAUCCAUGUACACGAAGUUUUGUGUUUCAGAACUAUCACAUUUAAAGUUUCCUCGGGCAGAUGAAACUAACGACAGGGUAAACUUGAUUGCCAUUGCUUCACUAUACGUAAGCAUCAAUUAUGCCGGGUAUUUUGGUGGAGCAGAGAUUGCAAAAAGGGCCAUGUUGGUUUCCUAUCACAGCAUUCCUGUGCUUAAGCUUUAUUGUUUGAGUGCCAUUGCUGGUCGUAGACCCAAAGAGGUUAUCCCUAUAUUCAAGACUUACAUCUCAUACACAAAUGAUUAUAUGGUGAAGCAUGGAAAUAUCCGCCCGGACCCGGUUUCAGUUAUUGAUACAUAUUUGACGGUGCUUAAGUACGAAACUAGUACGUGGAAGGACCCUCAAAGGGAUGUGUUUGAGCUAGUUUGUCAGUGGGUUGCCGAACUAAAGACUGUUCUAUCGGAAUUUAUUUCAAAUCUAUGUGACUCUGAGGACCUGUAUAACAAGGUUUUAAGAAAAUAUAUGGCAGGUGUGUGGUAUCGUUUGGGCUUUAUCUAUGAUCGAUUGUGUUUAGUGUUCACAUUUCAAGAAGGUUCCUUACAGCGGAGAAUAGAAACAGCUUGUAAAUAUUAUGAGAAGGCUGCCGCGCUUGCUUCGAAAGAGCCUACACUUGAUGAUCCUGCAUUUUCGCAACUUUAUUUCCGCUAUGCAGUUUUACUGGCUAAAAAGAUGGAUUACACUGAGUCUGUGAAGAACUUGAAGAAGGGACUUCGACUUCAUCCGGACUCUUUGCAGCAUAUCAAUAUGAUUACACUUAUAUAUUCAGCGCUGGAUGAGACUAUGAAUAAACCUUACUCGAUAGCGAAGGAAACUGUGGAUGGUAUAUUGAAGGAACGCUUGCUAAAUGAGCAGCAAACAAUUGGUGGAAUCUCGUUCGACGAAAAAUAUGAUAUCCUCCAGAUGUACAUGACUCUCAUUUCACUUGUGGAGGCAUCUUCAAGCUGUUAUGAGGCUUUGGAUUCACUACAAGAUCUUUUUGAUGCUGCCAGAAGGCUAUUGGGAGUUUCAUCCACUACUCAACCGCCAGAUGACAUAUCAAGUGUGAGGAGAACGGCAGUUCAGGAUGGUGAUAAUACUGAAGGUUUGCCGUUAGUCCGCACGGUAUCUUCUAAAAGGCCAUCGUUGAGAGAUCCGCUGCAAGAUGUUUUGCUGGACAAGAAUGGAUCAUAUCGUGAAGAUGGCAUCAGAAGACAUAGAUCACGUGUUUUCAGCUUAAUUAAAGGUACGAAAAAUGCGUUGCCUGGAAAAUUAUCGGGGUCGUCGAAUAGGAGAAAUACGCAAAAUAGCAUAGGCCGGCAGACACAAAGAAACGUUACUGAUCAUGCCUCUGAACGAAAGCUUAUGCAUGAUAUUUGGCUUUGGGCGUCUAAAUUAUUUGAGAAAUGUGGACAAAUAUCCGAUGCAAGAGGAUGUGUUAAAGAGGCAGAAGAUGUGUAUAAAGAGAGCAGUGAAUCAUAUGCAAGAGCUGGUGAGCUUCUGAUUGAUUCUGAUCCGAAGUUGGCUUUGCAACAGUUUGAAAUAUCUUUAGAACUGCGCAAUCAGAAAAAUCUGGAGGCAGUGAUGGGUCUGGCAAAAUUGACACUUUCGGAAGCAGGAAAUGAAGUAUUUGUUGGCCAGCAUGACAGAAUGGCAGCACUUGGAAGAUGUAAAAAUUACCUUGAGCUAAUGAGGACAGAUUAUGAUACAUCGACUGUGCCUGAAGUGUAUUAUUAUCUAUCCAAGAUUUACAAGGAGUACAAUGAUAAAGCCAUGGAAGAAAAUAUGUUGUGGAGAACCGUCCAAUUAGAGGACGAUCGACCAGUGAGAUCGGUCGAUCAGGUCAUUAGGAAUUAG